GAUCCACAGCAACAGCUCUAAGAACAAUUUGAAUUGUGACAUCUUUCAGAGGAUUACGCAUACGCAAUAAUGAGAAAUUUUGCUUUGUGCCUAGUCGCUGCUGCAUGGCUUACCAUGGUCCAAUCCGCUCCGCAGAGGGCCGAGGAACCGAUUGCCAUUAUUAGUCAGGAAUCGAACAUAGAACCCGAUGGUUCAUACAAUUACAACUAUGAAACCGCAAAUGGCAUUAAGGCCGAGGAAACCGGAACUUUGAAGAAGGCUACCUCCCCGGAUUCAAGUGAUGUGAUCAUUGCCAAAGGCUCCUUCUCUUACACCUCGCCGGAGGGCAACUUGAUUACACUGAACUAUGCGGCAGAUGAUGAGAACGGAUUCCAGCCACAGGGUGAUCAUUUGCCCACACCACCACCAAUCCCACCAGCAAUUCAGAAGGCUCUUGACUACCUGUUGAGUUUGCCACCAGCCAAGCGUCGUUAACCAGGAAUAGGAACCAGGAGGAGGUGAAAGUAAUGACCAAAUGCCAAUUCCCGAUAUGCUAUGACGACACACUCUAAACGAUCUGCACCCUCUGGACACAUCUGCUGUCCCCUACAUCUAUAUCUGACUGAAAACAACAACUCUUAAGACCCGACACCUGACCCAACCUCCUCACACACACACACACACACACACACACUCCCUCUUGCACACACUUGUCCUAUUCCCUCGCAAUGUAUCUAUUAUGUGUAUGUAGAUACACAUUCCUUCUGAUCUUUAAGUCGCCGGAACUCUGCCAUUUUUGGACCACUCAUGUGAUACAUCUAUGAAUGAAAAGGAAAUCAAGAAGAAAAA